GGGCCGGGAGGGAGGGUGUGACAGGAGGGGGAGGGGCGGUGUACUGGCGUGCGGUGUCCCGGGGGCUGCCGGGAGGUGCUGGACAUGGAGGACAAGACAUUUACUAAGGAGCUGGACCAGUGGAUCGAGCAGCUCAAUGACUGCAAGCAACUCAACGAGAGCCAAGUGCGCACCCUGUGCGAGAAGGCUAAAGAAAUCCUCACCAAGGAGUCCAAUGUGCAAGAUGUCCGCUGCCCUGUCACUGUCUGCGGAGAUGUCCACGGCCAAUUCCACGAUCUCAUGGAACUCUUCAGAAUUGGGGGAAAGUCUCCAGAUACCAACUAUCUGUUCAUGGGAGAUUACGUGGAUAGAGGCUAUUACUCUGUUGAAACAGUGACUCUUCUUGUAGCGUUAAAGGUACGUUAUCCAGAACGUAUUACAAUAUUGAGGGGCAACCAUGAGAGUCGACAAAUCACCCAGGUUUACGGUUUCUAUGAUGAGUGCCUACGGAAGUAUGGAAAUGCUAACGUGUGGAAAUAUUUCACAGAUCUAUUUGACUACCUACCAUUAACGGCUUUAGUAGAUGGUCAGAUCUUCUGCCUCCAUGGAGGUCUGUCUCCAUCUAUAGAUACGCUGGAUCAUAUCAGAGCUUUGGAUCGUUUACAGGAAGUCCCUCAUGAGGGACCGAUGUGUGAUCUUUUGUGGUCAGAUCCAGAUGAUCGUGGUGGCUGGGGCAUUUCUCCAAGAGGUGCUGGCUACACAUUUGGACAAGAUAUUUCUGAAACCUUUAACCACGCCAAUGGUCUGACUUUGGUCUCACGUGCUCAUCAGCUUGUUAUGGAGGGCUAUAAUUGGUGUCACGACAGGAAUGUGGUUACUAUUUUCAGUGCACCUAAUUAUUGUUAUCGGUGUGGAAAUCAGGCAGCUAUAAUGGAGUUGGAUGACACUCUUAAAUAUUCCUUCCUUCAGUUUGACCCUGCUCCUCGCCGUGGGGAGCCGCAUGUUACUCGACGCACUCCUGAUUAUUUCCUAUAAGCAAUCCUUACAUAUUGCCUUCAUCUGUGCAAUUAUACUUGGCAUUUAAACACACACAAUGUGUAUGUAUGUAGACAUACACACACACACACACACACACAAGAGGAAAUGGUAAUUUAAAAAUUGGAAUCUGCUUACCUCGCCCUUUUCUGCCCAUGCCCAAAACACACAACCCAUUUACUCAAAUGUCCCCUCACUCCUUCAAGAAAAGGCUAAGGAAACAUCACGGACCAAAAUGUGCCAUACUGUUGAUGAAGCAUUUAGCACAAUUUGAGACUGCGAUUGAAAACCCAGACUCUCAUAGCCAGUCCAUUAGUCAGUCUGCCUGCUGUAUUUGUAAGUCAUGUUUCCUUCUGAACUGUUCAGUCAGUAAAGGGUAACUUGCAAGGCCUUUAUUCCCCUUUGCACCUACUUUGUAAAUUUUAGUUGUAGUGUUCAGCCGGCAUGACGGAUUCCAUUUGGAUUUAUUUUUAAGAAAAUGCAAACGCUAACCAUACACUGUAUUUUUAUUUUUUUUCCUUUUCUUUCAAAAGUACAAAAAACAUAAACUGGAUAAGUCUGACCUUACUGCGUGUAUGCCAUAACAUAAAGUAAUGUACUUUUUUCUGUAUAUUUGUCAAGAAAGUGCUUGCCGCUCCUUUGGUGUAUUUGAACAAAUAAACUUUCAAUUGUAGACGUCC